ACUGGUCCAUUUGAUUCAUAUGUACUGUGCCGUCGAUUUUGAUAGCCGUUAGAUAUUUAAUUUAGAUUCAUAGUAAAUUUAAAUGUUUCAGUAAUUCAAGGAUUAUAAAAUUCUAUAAUUAUGAAGACUUUAUCAAUAAUAAUUUGUUGUUUUGUUGCUGCAGUUAUAACAUUAGACUCUACAAAUGCCACUUUCUUUGGAAAGGAACAUGUACAUAUUCGAGUACAUUUACCAGCUGAAAAACCAUCAUAUCAUGAACAUCAUGAACAUCAUGAACAUCAUGAGCAUCAUGAUCAUCAUGAGCAUCAUAAUCAUCACGACAGUUAUAAAAGCUAUGGAGGACCUUCUAGUUUGAGUAGUUACAGCAGUGGAAGUGAUUCAUAUGGAGGAGGAGGUCAUGGAAGUUCGGGUGUUUAUGAUUCCGGUUUAAGCGGACCAAGUGGAGGUAGUUAUGAAGCCGAUAUACCAUCAGGAAGUUAUGGAGGAUCAUCAUCUGACGAGCAUGGACCAAGUAAUGACUUUGAUUCUUCAAGUGGACAUGGUAGCUCAUCAGGAAGUUAUGGCAGUUCAUUCGGAGGACACGGUUUAAGCUCUAGUAGUUAUGAUAGUUCAUCUGGAAGCUAUGGUGGUUCUUCAGGUGGUCACGGUUUGAGCUCUAGCAAUUACGGAGGUUCAUCUGGAAGCUAUGGUGGUUCUUCAGGUGGUCACGGUUUGAGCUCUAGUAGUUACGGAGGUUCAUCUGGAAGCUAUGGUGGUUCUUCAGGUGGUCAUGGUUUGAGCUCUAGUAGUUACGGAAGUUCAUCUGGUAGCUAUGGUGGUUCUUCAGGUGGUCACGGUUUGAGCUCAAGCAAUUACGGAGGUUCAUCUGGAAGCUAUGGUGGUUCUUCAGGUGGUCACGGUUUGAGCUCUAGCAAUUACGGAGGUUCAUCUGGAAGCUAUGGUGGUUCUUCAGGUGGUCACGGUUUGAGCUCUAGCAAUUACGGAGGUUCAUCUGGUAGCUAUGGUGGUUCUUCAGGUGGUCACGGUUUGAGCUCUAGCAAUUACGGAGGUUCAUCUGGUAGCUAUGGUGGUUCUUUAGGUGGUCACGGUUUGAGCUCUAGUAGUUACGGAGGUUCAUCUGGUAGCUAUGGUGGAUCUUUAGGUGGUCACGGUUUGAGCUCUAGUAGUUACGGAGGUUCUUCUAGUGGUUUUAAACCUUCCAGCAAUAGUGGUACAUUAUACAGUGGAUACACUGCAGGUAAUCACAAAGGAUCAUCGGGUGGAUAUGGAGGUAGUUCAUCGGGAAACUUAGGAAGCUAUUCCAGUGGGGACCAUGGCUCUAGCUCAGGAAAUUUUGGUGGAUUAAGCAGCUAUUCUGGUGGAUCUAGCUUUGGAAGUAGUUUAAAUGGAUAUUCUGAUAAUGGGCUUAGUUCUGGGUUAAAUGGAUACUCGGGUAGUGGUGGAGACAGUUACUCAGCCCCCGGAUCUGAUAGUUUUGGACCACCGGGAGAAAGCUAUCCAUACAAAAAAAAAUAAGCGACUAAAACAUAUGAAUUAGGGUUAUUGUUUUAUUUGUAACUAUUUGUUGUUUGUUUUAUACUUUUAUAUAUUGAUUUAAAACUUAUUUGGUGAUUAUAAAUCCCAAACUCUAAGACUGACUUAAUGGAAUGUUUCGUUUUUAUUAAAAUAAACAGAUGUUAAUUAUAA